CCUUAUACAGUUAAAUGCAAAUUCUCCUUUACAGUCAUAUUCCUGCUAUCUCCCUGCAUACACAGCUGAUACGCCACCUACUGCAAACCCAAGCUGACAGUCGGAGCAAUGCUAGCAGCAUUUCCAUUCCAACAUUGUUCCGGAGCUGAAUAAAGGUGCUUUUUAAAAAGAAACAUCCCCUUUACAAGCUGAGAAGAACAAAGCACGAUAGCUGGCCUUCUGUCUCAGCUUCAAUAAUGGAGAGAAAAGCAAGCAGAAGAGAAAAUGAAUGCGAAGAAAAAAACAGCAACUCUGAAGGCUCUGAGCAAGACAAGGAGUAUAAAACGUCUCUGGUUACUCUGAAUGUUGGUGGUUAUCUAUAUAUCACACAAAAACAGACACUAACCAAGUAUCCAGAUUCUUUUCUGGAAGGGAUCAUAAACGGAAGAAUAAUGUGCCCAUUCGAUGCAGACGGUCAUUACUUCAUAGACAGAGAUGGACUCCUUUUCAGACACAUACUCAACUUCCUACGAAAUGGAGAACUUCUUCUACCGGAGGGGUUUCGAGAAAAUCAACUUUUGGCACAAGAAGCUGAAUUUUUCCAGCUUAAGGUACUCUCAGAUGCAGUGAAAUCAAGGUGGGAGAAGGAACAGCUAGCAUCUCGAGAGACUACUUUCCUGGAAAUAACUGACAGCCACGACCGUUCACAAGGACUCAGAAUCUUUUGUAAUGCUCCUGAUUUCAUUGCAAAAAUAAAAUCCAGAAUUGUACUGGUGUCCAAAAGCAGGCUGGAUGGAUUUCCGGAAGAGUUUUCAGUAUCUUCAAAUAUUAUUCAAUUUAAGUACUUCAUAAAGUCUGAAAAUGGUACAAGACUGGUACUGAAGGAGGAUAACACCUUUGUCUGCACCCUGGAAACUCUUAAGUUUGAGGCUAUAAUGACGGCUUUAAAAUGUGGAUUUAGACUGCUGACCAGUCUGGAUUGCUCUAAAGGGUCAAUUGUUCACAGUGAUGCACUGCAUUUUAUCAAGUAAUCACAAAGGCAAAGGAAACAAGCAUGCAGCCUGUAAACCUCCUUGAGCUGCAGGCUCCUGGCAUCACAAAUAAUGUAUCUAACUAACCUGGUACCACAGAGCUCAGCUGCUAAUCAACUGAUGUGAGCUAAUGGUAUGUAAAUCUCAUAAUGACAUCUAUCUCUGGCUUACUUAAGCUGAAUGAUAAUUUUAUGCCUGAAUUUAAUAAAAAUUACCUGUUAACACUAUAAACACAGAUUGUAUGCUUUAUGCUCUUUGUAAUAUGUUUUCUCAAUGCUGUCUUUCAAGCAGAGAGUCUAGCUGAAUUUUUGUGUACCUGUGUGACUAACAUGCAUACACCUAACUGCUCUGCUGAACAGCAGUGACAGUAUUUUCACAUAAUAAACAGGCUUAAAAUAUGUUUUGCUUAUAACAAAUUCAGAAUGGAUUUUAACUGGAAUAAAUUAUUUUGACUGUUCAUUAGUGUUUAUGCUAAUCUAUUGUACUGCAUUUGCAAAAAAACAAGAUUGCAAGAGAGUUUAAAAUUAAUCAACUUGAUUUUAAAGUUAAAUGACUUCUCAACUCACAACCAAAUUUAUACUAUGUUACUACACUAUUAACAAAUGCCACAAAGAUGUAAACCAACAAAAUAAUGCUGGGGGAGAUUCAUUCUAUUACGGGAAAUGAGUUAAAUCUGCACAGAAUUUUACAUUUUCUAAUAUAUAUAUACAUAUCAAAUGGCUAAUAAAAAUAUUUUACUUAAAUGUAACAGGUUUCCAGGACUGACAUCCUACAAUGCUACAGUCACUAUUUCCUAGCAAUCAUUUGUGCUCUUAAGGACAGGCAAUUACCAGAGCCCUUGCUUUGCACAAUGGCUUACUAAAUGCAACUAGUACUAUCAAUUUUGAAUAGACCACCUGCUGGCAUUUAAGAUUAUUCACUCUAAGUAAUAUAGUGAAUAAACCUUCAUUCUCCUUAUCUCCACUAUUUAUCAAAUAUUUUCAUUUAUAUUUUAAACAAAGUUGUAAUAGCUUCUAUAGAACAACUGUAACUAAUUUAACCACAGGCAUUACAAACCAGUCACUUCACAAAAGCGAACUGAAAAAUCAUCACAAAAGGCAAAAAGAACCUUCACUAAAUCUAAGUUUAAGCUUCGUUUGUCACUGAACACAACCAUCAUUCACAGCUCACAUGAACUGAAAAUUCAGGUAAAAUGCUAAUAAA